AUGAUUCAGCAAGUAAUUUCAAGACCCCACUCUUCCUAUAUGCAAAAAAAACUUACAUAUAAACUUGUGUGUUAUAUAAUCUCAUAUGCUGAACCUAUUCAUAUAGUUGAAGAUAAUAAUUUUAGGCUUUGGGCAAAAAGUCUUGAUUCUCAGUUUGAAAUACCAUGUGUUAAUACAAUUAAAACUAUUAUAUUUAACUCCUAUAAUUCUACAAUAAACCAAAUUAUAGAUCUUAUUUUAAAAACAUCAAAUACAGUUUCUUUAACCUUUGAUAUUUGGACAUCACAAACACAUGAUAGCUAUUUAGAAAUUACUUGCCACUGGCUUACAGAUUCAUUUGAAUUGUAUAAGGUCAUACUUGAUAUAGAAGAGUUGGAUAAACAUAAUGCAUUUGAUAUUAUUGAGUCAGUUAAUUCAGUUCUUAAUAAAUUUAAUAUUGAUCAUUCAAAGAUCUUCACUAUUACUACAGAUAAUGGUUCAAAUGUCAAAUCUGCAGUGCAACAAUUGAAUAUUACUAACGUAAAGUGUACUGGACAUACAUUUCAAUUAAGUGUUAAUUUGGAUUUAAAGGAAGUUGAUAAUCUUAUUUCAAAAUGUAAAUCACUUAUUGCAAUUUUGUCAAAAGAAAAAAAAUGUAAACAGCUUCAUAAAGCUCAAUUACAAAUUACUCCAGGGUUAAAACAACCUUUAGAUAUUAUUAAAGAUGUGAAUACAUGUUGGAAUUUCAUUCUUUAUACUAUUGAACAUAUUAUGCAUUUAAAACCUGCCAUUAUACAAUUAUACUUAACUCUUACUAAUCAUACUAUUAGAGAAAUUAGAAAAGGAGCAGAAACUAUAGGUUCUUUUAUUCCUUCUACAGAAGAAUUUGAAUUAUUAGAAGAACUAAUAGAAAUUCUUUUUCCUUUUGAUGAAGUAACUCAAUUCUUAAGUAGAUCCAAAUACUCAACUCUUAGGUUUAUAACACCAAUUUUGGAAGAACUUGCUCAUCAGUUCAGGUACUUUACAGGAAAAAGUAAUAAGGCUAUUCUUGUUAAAGAAAUGAUAUUGGAUAAUUUAAUUAAACGUUGGGGAGAUCCAAGGUGUAAACACAAAACCCUUUUUUCUACUAUGAUGAUUUUGGCGAGGCGAUACCUUGUGGUGCUGACUUCCUCUGUACCAUCAGAGCAAUUAUUUUCUGAUGCUGGAAAUCAUAUGAUGAAUAAGCAUAAUAGACUUAGUCUGGACUUAUUGAAUCAAUUG